AAGGAUUGAAAGUCUCAUGUCACAGCUCCUGUCACUAUAGCUAUAAAAGCUUUGCUUCUAAUUUAAACCUCCUCGAUCUCAUAAGGAUUAGAAGGCUUAAACAUAAGCUAGCUUGCUUAUGAAUAAAAUCUAAUCUUAAUCCAUUGACGACAACACACACACAGAGGAUACAGAAUAUGAGUUCUGCAUAUUCAUUCGAUGCAGAUGCAGGUGAUAUCCAGCAGACUAAGGACGCGAAGGAAUUCUUGAGAGAAUUCUGUUCGGAAUCGAAGAAGCUAUGGUAUCUCGCGGCUCCGGCCAUAUGCACUCUUGUUUUCCAAUACUCCGUCAGUGCCGUCACUCAGAUCUUUGCCGGCCAUGUCGGAGACAUUCAACUCGCAGCUGUUGCCGUGGAAAUCAAUCUUAUUUCUGGCUUUGCCUUCGCCAUCUUGUAUGGAAUGGGAAGUGCACUACAAACACUUUGUGGGCAAGCAUUUGGAGCAAAAAGACUAGAAAUGCUUGGCAUUUACAUGCAAAGAUCAUGGGUUAUUCUCAUAGCCACAGGCCUACCCCUCACAAUAUUAUACAUAUUCUCUACCCCAAUCCUCAAACUUCUUCACCAGAACCCACGGAUUUCGAAAGCCGCCGGGACGUUCGCAUUGUGGAUGAUUCCGCAGCUCUUCGCAUACAUAGUUUGUUUUCCUACCCAGAAGUUCUUGCAAGCACAGAGCAAGAUCUAUGUGUUGGCUACUAUUUCAGCCGUGGCUCUGGUUGGACAUGUCUUGUUUAGUUGGCUGUUUAUGCUCAAGUUGCAGUGGGGGCUGCCGGGUGGAGCGGCGGUGCUGAAUGCCACAUGGUGGUUCAUAGCGGUGGCGCAGCUCGUUUACGUUUUCUCCGGAGCUUGUCGGGAAACUUGGAAUGGAUUCUCUUGGAAGGCCUUUGGGAAUCUUAAGGGAUAUCUUCGCCUAUCUCUUGCAUCCGGAGUAAUGCUUUGCUUAGAAAUGUGGUAUUAUGUGGCGCUUAUUCUUAUUGCUGGAUACACUAAGAACGCAGAAAUUUCAGUGGAUGCAGCUUCUAUAUGCUUGAACAUUUCAGCAUGGACGAUAAUGGUGGGUAUUGGAUUCUGUGCAGCCACAAGCAUUCGGGUGUCGAACGAGCUAGGUGCAGGACAUCCUAGAACAGCAAAAUUUUGUGUAGUUGUGGCGACAACGACUUCCUUGUUCAUCGGAAUCAUCCUGGGACUCAUUCCAAUUGCCCUUAGAAGCCGAUAUCCGCCAUUGUUUUCGAAAAGCUCAUCAGUACAGCAAGUUGUAUAUGAUCUCACACCAUUGUUAGGAAUCACCAUUAUGCUUAACAGCAUUCAGCCAACACUCUCUGGGGUAGCCAUUGGAGCAGGGUGGCAAAGCUAUGUAGCGUAUGUGAACAUAGUUUGCUACUACUUUGUGGGCAUUCCUAUUGGUCUGGUAUUAGGCUUUGCCGUUAGAAAGGGUGUCAAGGGUAUUUGGUAUGGAAUGUUAACAGGAACUGUAGUUCAAACCAUUGUUCUAACAGUUAUGGUCAUAAGAACUAACUGGAAGAAGGAGGCUCUGCUUGCUGGAGAAAGGAUAAAGAAAUGGGGAGGGGAUUCAGAUUCACAGCCAGUUCAAAGCACUUCGUAGUUAGGGUGUUUUUGGUUUUCUCAUUUGAAUUGAUGUCUUAUGUUAAUUUAAUAUGUAAACUCAGA